AUGGUCAAUAGACAAGGAUUGGCUGUUGGCUUAGCUGUUGGUGUACCAUCAUUUAUAAUUCUUCUAAUUGUUUUCAUAUUUUGGUACAAGAAUCAACGACAAUUACGUAAAGAAGAUCUUGAUGAUUAUAUAGACAAGGAGAUUCAGAAUGAUGACAGUAGUUUUCAACAAUUUCAGGAACAACUACAUAAACAACAAUAUGAGAAAGGUGAGAAAACAGGUGCUGGAAUACAAUUGAAGGAGCACGUUGUUGCAUUGAAUGGCACCAGUGAUUCAUCAAAUGGUAGUUUGGAAUCUGACUUACAUCAACCACAAGAGCCUCUGGAACCACAACCGGCUGCGGCUAAACCACUGAAACAUCCUUAUGGUCAACAUUUAGCAUACACACCGUCUUCAACCCAACAACAAGGAUCGCAAUCAUCAAUAUCAUUAAGUCAAGCACUGGAUGUUAUAUCAAAUGUUUAUGAUCAAAGUCAUGAUGAAUUGCAAAAUGUUGCUCGGAGGUCACAACCACGUCCUGCACCACCACCUCCUCCACCACAACGACAAUCAUCAAAUAAGAACUCUGUGUAUGCUUUUUAUGACACGUUUAUCCCUACAUUUAGUGCACAAGAACCAACUUCCCAACAACAACAACAACAACAGCAGAACUCACUGUUAUCACAUCCAAACUCAACUCACAACUCAUUCAGUGACUUACUCAACCAAACAGCUCAUAGUUCAUUGAAUAUACUUAAAAAUAAUCAUAAAGAAAACGCUAACAACAACAACAACAACAACAACAACAACAACAACAACAACAAUCAACAUAAACAUACAAACAGUUCGUCUGACUCAAACACAUCACUUCUUCACAACAACAGUACAUCACACUCACGUGCACCUUCUACUGACCUAGACACAUUGGCAAAACAAUUAAACAACCCAGUGUUUUUUGAAAAACUUCCUAGUAAAGCAGCGGCAGCCCAAGGCAAAGUAUACAUUAAGCCACGUGUACCAUCAUCAUCAGCAAAUCAAACCCACAACAAUUCAAGUUCGGAAUUGAUUAAUAAUUAUCUUGUUGGUGAAAACACUGCUAUCAAUGAUCAUUUCACUUAUGAGGCACCAAUGGUUGAAACUGCAAAGAGUACUGAUAAUUUAGCACAAGUGGGUGGUAAUACUAAACACAGCAAUGUCAUGACAUAUAAUCAACAUCUUGCCAUAAAGCCCACCCCUGAUGGCUCCUUAAGACCUAAUCAAAUUAAAGAUGAACAAGCACAAGCUGCACAGGAAACCAAUCCUUUAAAUGGUCAAAUUGGAAAUGCUUUUGAUGCUAAUAUCACUAUGGAACCUUUGGCCAUGAAUAAAAAGAAUGCAACAACAAAUGAGGAUGAAGAUGUAAUGCCACCAGUUGUAUUUCAAUAG